UAUAAAUUCUCACAUUCACUCCAUGAACUCUCACACGUACCUCAGUCACCAAGUACAGUGCGUCGGUCCAUAAUGGAGGUUCCUUGGCUUGUGCUUUUGCUCAUGUCUUUGCAGAUGUUUACGCCAAACACUUCAGCAACACUGGUCACCAGCUGUGAAUCUUGCCAUGGUGAAGCCUCCUGCUUGGAGUCCAGAGAAAGAGGCGACUCUUUUACCAGAUUCUCUUGUGCUUGUAGAGAUGGUUUUGUUGGUGAUGGACUGAGCUGCUAUGACAGAAAUCUCUGCAACAACUCUCCCUGCUGUGAGCGAGGUUAUCGGUGGUCUCCAGACCUCGGCUGUGUCGACGUUGAUGAGUGCUCUCAGCAGAGCUCCCCGUGCCCAGCGCAUCAGAUUUGCUCCAACAGACCAGGGUCCUAUGAAUGCCUGCAGCCUUCCUCCAACAGCAGAGCAGGUGUCUUUCAGGGAGCACUCCGACUGGUCAAUGGAGGAAGCUCCUGCUCUGGCAGAGUGGAAAUCUUUCACAGUGGACAGUGGGGGACAGUGUGUGAUGACAUCUGGGACAACAUUAAUGCUCAGGUGGUGUGUCGACAGGUGGGCUGUGGAAGAGUAAUUUCAGCAACAUCAAGUGCACAUUUUGGACAGGGAACUGGACCUAUAUGGCUGGAUGAUGUGAGGUGCACAGGAAAUGAACCGCAGCUAUCAGAAUGUCAACACCGAGGGUUUGGUAUUCAUAACUGUAAUCAUGGCGAGGACGCUGGUGUUGUCUGUGAAGAGCUGCCUGUUCAACUUACUUGUGGCCGAGAUAAACUCCAAGUAGGACUGGAUCUCAAUAGCACGCAGUCCUUUGGUUUGGAUCCAUUCUCUGGACACUUUGCUGCUCGCAACUGCUCAAGGUUCAGAGUUCACGGGGAUGUCGUGUGGUACGAGGUGGAGGCUCGAGCCGGCGCCUGCGGAAAUAUAGCGACAAUCAACGGUACACAUGCCAUAUUUGGGAACAAUUUAUUUCUCUACUCAGCAAACAAUGAAUCCUUCCUCCAUCCCACGAGAUUUCCGUUUUCCUGUUCCUAUCCUUUGGAAACUGACAUCAGUCUGAAUGUGGCUGUGAGACCAACGUUAGAGUGGGAACGAGGUAUUUCAGGUACAGGUGUAAAGGCCACAGCCUCCAUGUCUCUGUUCCUGGACUCCAGCUACAACGACACUUACCCAGCAGGCCAGGUCACCCUGCCAGUGGGCUCGCCGUUGUACGUCGGCGUCUCUGUGGAGGAAAUGGACUCAAACUUGGCGGUUGUUCUGGAGAACUGCUUUGCCACUCACACGUCAAACCCUGAAGACCCGGUACGAUACCCCCUCAUUGAGAACAGAUGCUCCACGGAUCGCCGUCAGGUGUCAGUGGUUCAGAGCGGCUCGUCCCUCCAGGCUCGUUUCACUGCUCUGCUGUUCCUGCUGGGGGAAGAAUAUCGAGAAAUUUAUCUUCACUGUAGCCUGAGCCUGUGUGACCAGAGACGCUCCAACUGUGUCCCGGUUUGUCGAAGCAGAAAAUUGCGUUCUGUUUCAAGCUCUGUUGCAUUGAAGCCCAUCACCACUGGACCAAUAGUCUGGACCAAAUGAAGUACAAGCUUUUAUCUUUGAAACAUGACACUUAUGUAAAAUAAUCAGACCAGUUGAAAUAAGAAAAAAUGUGGUGUUUAAUUGAUUCGAUUGAUUGGUGAGUUUUGGGGGAAAUUACUGUAAGUGAAAUUAAACUGAAAUUAAUUAUAUGUUAUUUGUAUUUUAUUGUUAAAUUUAAUUUUAUUUCUAUCUUUUACUGAUAUGUGAUGCUGUAAUUAUUGUGAAGUACUUUGGUCAUCUGAGGUUGUUGUAAAUGUUGGGGAUAAAAGCAGUGACACAUAAGUGACCAGUGGUUCCUAGAUGAUGAGGAGUUUGUUAGAGAUGUUCAGGAGAGAGCACCAGCAUGAAGGCACCGGUGGAGAUAAGUCAGGUAGUAAUGUCUAGCAUGUAAACCACAACCUGGAUUUCAUAAGUAAGGGCUAAGUAGAUAAACUUUGAAAUGAAUUGAAUUGGGAAAAAAAAAAAGAACCUAUAAUGAUCAUUUAGACCAAAUGUUGUGGUGAAAUCAGUUUGGAGAUUUGCUACACCUUUCACAAGAUCCCAGAAUCCAGAGUGGGCCUGGUUUGUCUUGGUCUGCUGAUCACACUGGCAUUCAUCAAGUCACAUCCGGGCUCUGACCACAGAUCAUCGGUCUACUCCAGAUUCCCCAGGAAACUGGUGUGGGCUGUGGCCACCAGUCAGUACUUCUCUCACAUAUGCAGAAAAAAUAAAUCUGGUUGGUUUAAAUUC